AAAGCCAAGGUGCUUGCUCCUCGGAGCGGCACACACGAAAUCACGCCAGCACAGCCAUGAGGAGCGCGGUAAUAAUAUUCUCAAUGGUGGCCGCGAUUACGGCAGAAGUACCAUAUCAUCUGCCGCGACCGGCGGCGCACGCGCCGUCGUUCAACUACCCCUCAGCGCCGCCGCCGCCGCCACCGGCUCACGCACCGCCGCCGCCGCCCCCGGCUCACGCACCGCCGCCGCCGCCCCCGCCUCCGUCAGCGUACCCGCACCAGCAUCCGCACCCGUAUACUCACCCUUAUCCGCAACCACAGUUUGUUCAAUACCCACCACAACCUGCGCCUGCUCCACAGUUUAAUACAGGAUCUGGUUAUCACUAUUCGCAACAAGCUCCACAGCCACAACCCCAGCCCCUUAUACACUCCCAUCCUUCACCCCCUCAACCCCAGCCCCAGCCUCAGCCCCAUAUACACUCCCAUCCUCCACCCCCACAACCUCUUCCAAUCAUACCCUAUCCUCAGUAUGCGCAACCUCAACCACAACCUAUCCCUCAGAUCCCACCAAGCUAUAAUUAUGCUCAACCCCAGCCUCAACCAGCUCCGGCCCCCCGGCCUGCACCACCCGCUCCGGUGCAGCCGGCGUCCCUGCCCGUCUUCUUAGCGCCCAUACCUGGGUACUCCACGCCACAGGCCCGACCCGCUCCACCCGCCCAGCCAAUGCCACACCCUCAGUCGCAACUUCAACAGGGAUACACGUACCAGCAACCUCAACUCCAAUUCCCGCAAGCUCCUUUCCCGGCGCAGCCACUUCAACCGCAGCCUCUUUAUGCGCAACCCAUUCAACCGCAGCCUCUCCAGGCACAACCUCUACACUCGCAGCCUCUUAGCAAUAACGUGGCAUCGUCUGCAUGGUCCAGCUACCAUGCGGAUAAUAACCAAUACAGCAGUGCAAGUCUUCGGUCGCACGGAGAGGCUUUAGACGCAACAGUUGUCGAUCGGGUUCAAAAUAUUAUAAAAGAUAAUGAGCACACUUCGGCAAGAAACGCUGGCUAUGUAUCCCUUGUUUCUGGGGUUUCAUUAGAACAGGCUAGACCUAGUAUAGAGAUCUCUUCCUUUGUUCAUAAUUCUCCUCUUCAGAUCACUAAUUCAAUAGAGCAGUCGUCGUCUAAUCAGUCGUCAGAGGCCGUGACGUCAGUCUCUGGAUCGGCGUCGGCUGCGGCACCCUCGCAGGAGUACGGCUUGCCCACGAUCACGGCCAACAGCCAGGCACCACAACUAGACGCAACUCAUAGUUUUCUACCCCAAAACAAACCCGCUACGUCAUACGGCACGCCGUUAUAAC